UGCUAGCUCAAAGCUAUUCCGAGGUAAUACAAUGCCAUUCUUUCCUUGUUGUUUCUUUAACGAAUUUAGAGCUUAUUACUAGCUCGAAACCCCUCUAGUAUCUAUUGUAUCUAUUGGCGUAGGUAUUAACAAUUAGCCUUGUAUACCUACCACACAAUCAAACAAUAACAAAGCUAUGCGCUUCAUCCGUUGGUAAACGAAACGAUUUAUGAUAUAUCAAAGAAUAACGCAGCUAGAGGCUCAGCCAGGCGUCUCCUCGAUUAACAGAUUCAAUCUGCCAAUCUGCUAAUGUUAUACCUAUGCGACAGUCCGCAUCUUCACAACGAGGGGUGAUGUUUAGGGCCGUGGCCUAGUCUAAACGUCCAUAUGGGCGACAACCAUAGAGUAAACACGUUUGGUAUUUACUACUUACUACUUAGUAGUCACGGCGAAGUAAUGGUCUAGAUUAGGCCUAUUGAAGCUCGUGAGCCGCAAUGUCUACUAUUUCGGUAUCUCAUAUUACCCGGAAGACUUCCCUCCGCGGGCCAUUAUAACACCGUCUGGUGGUUUGUACUAGGUUUAUAUGCCAAAGUUCGCCGUGCUUCAGUGCUCUGGUUUGGCUGUUUAAUCAUGUUAUUCUUCUCUUCUAACUAGAUCAAAUUCAUACCUACUCUAGAAAUGAAGUUGUCUCUAGUUCUUCUGUGGGCGGCAAGCGCUCUUGCCUCCCCUCUCCGCCGGGGCGCUGCGAAGUUAUCUCCAGUCACGCGCAACGGGACCAGUCUUUUGGUCGACGGAAAGGUCUGGAAAAUGGUUGGGCCAAACGUCUACUGGCUAGGUCUUGACGAAAAUGUGACGCCGCCAGCUGGGGAGCCGUUCUAUGCUCCUACCAAAGCCAGCUACCCUACCAAAGAGCGUAUUACCGAGGUGAUGGCAACUGUACAAGCUCUGGGAGGCACCGUGAUUCGCGGGCAUACCUUGGGUAUUAGCACUGGGAACCCCCUGAGUGUUGUGCCCGAACCAGGAGUAGUCAACGAAAAAGCCUUCGAUCCAAUCGACUGGGCUGUCUAUCAAGCAGGUGUAUACGGUAUUAGGCUACUAAUACCGUUGGUGGAUAACUAUGACUAUUAUCACGGAGGGAAAUACAACUUCCUUCGUUGGGCAGGUUUUGACCUGAACCAAAGACGGGAUGAGAAGAACCCUCUAGUUCAGCAAUUCUACACCAAUGCCACCAUCGUCUCUACCUUUAAGGACUAUAUUAAGACGAUUGUAACCCACAGAAACCAGUACAAUAACCUUACCUUUGCUGAAGAUCCUACAAUCUUUGCGUAUGAGACGGGGAACGAGCUCCUCGGUCCCGUAUGGGGUGAUAUGAACUCACCAGCGGACUGGGUCCAGGACAUCGCCAAGUAUGUUAAGAGUCUUGCCCCGCAGAAGCUAGUAGUCGACGGAACUUACGGCAUCAACAAAACCCACCUAAGUAUCGAAGAAAUCGACAUCUUCUCAGACCACAUGUACCCCGUCGACACGGCCAACCUACAAGCGGAUAUCAAACUCGUCGAAGCUGCCGGGCGUCCGUUCUUCGCCGGUGAGUAUGACUGGGUCGGUGGCAACACCGCCAACCUACAGUCCAUGUUCAAGAUCAUCGAGGAGAGUCCUGCCGUUGCGGGUGAUACUUUCUGGAGCCAAUUUGGUCACAAUGCUCCUGACUGCAAAACCUACGUAGACCACAGCGACGGUCUCGCGCUUCAGUACGGCAACCCGAAGAACACGGCGAAUCAGAACAGCCGCAUCCAGCUUAUACGAAAGCACUUCAUCGCCAUGAGCCAGGGCAAGGAGAUUGCGCCGGAUGAGCCUUUGCCUGAGGUGCCGUGCCCGGCCCCUACGUCGCCAUCGUUUCGUUAGGGAAUUAUCUUUGGUCUAUGAUGAUUGGGAUGACGGGGAGAGCUCGUAUUGGGCGGACACUAAUCUAAACUAUCAGUUUAAAGGGGGGCUCUUGUAUUCAUAUAGUCACGGAUUUGAAAGAAGUAUGAAAAACCACGGCACUUAUGACAAAACCUAGGAAUAUUA